CCCGGGUGGGGGCGUCGGGAGCGCGCGGCGAAGUUGUGUCCGGGACUCGCUGCCGCGGACUCGGAGCGGGGCUGCGGGACUCGCCGCCGCGCCUCCAGCCGCAGUAACCUGUUUUCCCUACUGGUUCGGGUACAGGCCAACAAUCCUGCACCAGUAACUCCACUGCAGAUACUUAGAAUUCUAGGGCAAAGAUUGGCAUGUUACCAUGGAAGGACAGCAUAACCAUCCACAUCAUCUAGGGGACCAGAACAACCCUCUCUGCAAAGUGCCAGGGCAGGAAUAUCAGCAUGAUCCUCAACAGAGGCAUUUGACGUCAUAUCCAUAUCGCUGCACCUUGGCAGAUUUUCAGAUAGAGAAAAAGAUUGGCCGUGGGCAAUUCAGUGAAGUCUACAAAGCAACUUGCCUUCUGGACAGAAAAACCGUGGCGUUAAAGAAAGUUCAGAUAUUUGAAAUGAUGGAUGCCAAGGCCAGACAGGAUUGUAUUAAAGAAAUUGACCUUUUGAAGCAACUGAACCACCCCAAUAUAAUUAAGUAUUUGGAUUCUUUUAUUGAAGACAAUGAACUGAACAUUGUCCUGGAACUGGCAGAUGCAGGUGAUCUCUCUCAGAUGAUUAAGUAUUUUAAAAAGCAGAAACGGUUAAUCCCGGAAAGGACGGUGUGGAAAUAUUUUGUGCAGUUAUGCAGUGCAGUCGAACACAUGCACUCCCGCAGGGUGAUGCACAGAGACAUAAAACCAGCCAACGUGUUUAUAACAGCCACAGGAGUGGUGAAGCUGGGAGAUCUUGGAUUAGGCCGCUUUUUUAGUUCUAAAACCACUGCAGCACAUUCCUUAGUGGGAACUCCAUACUAUAUGUCCCCAGAAAGAAUACAUGAAAAUGGCUAUAACUUUAAAUCUGAUAUCUGGUCUUUGGGCUGUUUAUUGUAUGAGAUGGCAGCUCUUCAGAGUCCUUUCUAUGGAGAUAAAAUGAAUCUGUUUUCUCUUUGCCAAAAGAUAGAACAAUGUGACUACCCCCCUCUUCCAGCUGAACAUUAUUCUGAAAAGCUACGGGAACUUGUCAGCAUGUGCAUAUACCCUGAUCCAGAUCAGCGACCUGACAUUGGUUAUGUGCACCAAAUAGCAAAACAGAUGCAUGUUUGGACCUCCAGCACUUGAAUCAUCUGCAAACACUCUCUAAGAAAAGCCAUCACAGCUUAGUCUUACUUGAAUUUUUAUUUCUCAGAUGAAACCGACCGGUGCCUAGUCAAACUCAAGUGAGAGAGUUGAGCACUCGUAGCAAGAUGCUCCAUUAUUUCUGCAGGUUAUUUGACAAGGACUCUUACCAGGUGGUCAUGCUUUAAAGUGAAGAUUCUAUGAGGUAUUGCAAGCAUAUUUUUUUUAAAAAAAGCCAAUAACAUGUUACAGAUGUAGAUCAUUUAAGGGUCCUUUCUUAAAACUGUUGUGUGUAAUCUAGAAUAGAUUAUAUUAACAGGGGUGUCUCAUUGAGCCUUUGACACACCCCUUUAUCUUAACUGUAAUGUGAAAUAUUGAAAUAAUUCCUUCAGUGAAAUCACUUUAUACUAAUGUAAGAAUUGCAGUAGAUUUUGUGUAAUUUGUAUAACUGCUACUUUGCCUCUUCUGCACAUGGUUAAUAGCAACUUCAGUCUUUAGUUCAUAUAUUUUUAAAGCAUUCAGCUAUGUGUUUUAUCCCCUCCUUUGCAAAAAUAGGAAGGGGGGACACUUGUUUGAAGAUUUUUUUUAUCUGAAAAUUUAGAGUGACUAUUUUGCUGAUGCAUUUAUCUGUUAACUUGGUUAUAGACAAUGAGGUGAGUCUAGCAUAUACCUGAAAAGCAUUGCUUCUACAAGCAGUGUAUCUUUAUAAAUGUAUUUUCCCCUUUGGCAUUAAUCUUGUUAGGCUAAAAGUCUAUUAUAAAACCAGUGUUACUCUAAGCCAAUUCUAUUUUGGGGAAGAUACUUUAUCAAAUCCAAUGGUACUUUAGCCAUUCAUAAAUAAAAUGUAAGGAAAGCAGUGGUUUAAAAACUUUUUCAAACAUAGUAACGAUGUUAUUUACAUUUAGCAUGAAAUAAGACCAAUGCUUUGUGUAAUUUUAAAUAAGGUUCAGCCCAUACCUAUUUAACUGUGAAAGCUAAUUUAUAAAAUGUGAAUUUUUAUAAGAAACUCAAGCUGAUUUGAAGGAGACCUCUUGUUUAAAAGACUAAUUUUUUUUAAAGACCUAAAAUUUUUCAGUCAACUAAAUUCAUUCAUUGAAUCAAUGAUUUGUUUCAUUAGUGACAAUGAAAAGUAUUCACUGCUUUAGAAACCAAACUUGCGGAUUCACGUUCAAGUGUUUCCAUUUCACCUAACUGUUCAGGGGAACUGCUGCACUUAACAGUCUCAAAGGACAACACCAGGGGAACUAAACUUGUACUGUUAUAGUGUUUCUUCUGUGUGAGGUAGAGUCCAUUGCUAUAAUGUAUGUUUGUGGGUGGCAGUUGUUCGUGUUUAAAUACAGCCUGUGACACCUUACUCUUUAAAAAAAAUUUU